AUGUGUCCUCACGUCGCGCCAUUCAUUACAGAAUCUCAAGGCAGCCCCAAGAAGCGACUUACUCAGUCGGUACUAAGUACGGACACAGACUUUGAAAAAGUGAGCAUUUUGUCAACUUUCAUCGCACCCUUCAAGUAUUUAAGUCCUGCAGCAGCAAACAUGGAAGAUGAAGACAAUUUAAGCACAAGCAGCGCAGAAGUGAAGGAGAACCGCAAUGUUGGCAACCUGGAAGGCCAUCCCAUCGCCUCUAACGAAAGGUCAAGAGUGGGAGUUUCCAGCCUCAAAAGGAAGAGGCCCCUGGAAGAAGGCAACAGUGGACAUUUCUGCAAACUCCAGCUCAUCUGGAAGAAGGUCUCGUGGUCAGUAACGCCAAAGAACGCUCUGGUCCAGCUACACGAACUUAAACCAGGUUUACAAUACAAAAUGGUGUCUCAGACAGGCCCCGUCCAUGCUCCGGUAUUUGCCGUCGCUGUGGAAGUAAAUGGACUUACGUUUGAAGGCACCGGACCAACGAAAAAGAAGGCCAAAAUGAAGGCUGCCGAACUAGCCUUGAAGUCUUUUGUUCAGUUCCCCAAUGCGUGUCAAGCUCACUUUGCCAUGGGGAAUUGUUUCAACCCUUCCACGGACUUUACAUCAGACCAGGCAGACUUCCCAGACACUCUGUUCAAGGAGUUCGAACCGUCGCCACACAGUAAGGACUUCUCAGUCUACAGCCCAGUUAAUAAUGAAUUGCUUUCCACGGCCUACCGGCAUGGGAGGUUCCUCUACCACACCUUGGACUUAAUGGGCCACCAUGGUAAACAAAACAAGCGCAAGAUGGCUUCCAGCGCGGAGAGCGAAAAGAACCCCGUGGUGUUACUCAAUGAGUUGCGGUCGGGACUGAGGUACGUCUGCCUUUCCGAGACUGUGGAGAAGCAACAUAUCAAGAGUUUUGUGAUGGCAGUGAGAGUGGAUGGGAAAACGUUUGAAGGCUCGGGACGUAGCAAGAAGCUGGCCAAAGGUCAAGCAGCACAGGCUGCGCUGCAGGCCCUCUUUAACAUUCGGCUGCCCAGCCACAUUCCCAGCAGGAGUAAAUGUAAUCAUUUGCCACAGGAAUUUGCCGAUUCCGUGUAUCAAAUGGUUACACAGAAGUUUCAAGAGGUGACGGACAAUUUUGCUUCCAUCCAUGCACGUCACAAAUCCCUUGCAGGAAUUGUAAUGACCAGAGGUUUGAACAUCCGGCAGGCUCAGGUUAUUGUGCUGACCUCGGGUACUAAAUGUAUAAAUGGAGAGUACAUUAACGACCAAGGACUGGUGGUCAACGAUUGCCACGCGGAGAUUGUGGCGCGGAGGGCCUUCCUCCACUUCCUUUAUUCGCAGCUGGAACUGCACCUGAGCAAGCGGCGAGAAGACGGGGAGCGAUCAAUCUUCGUGCGGUUAAAAGAGGGAGGCUACAGGCUAAAAGAGAACAUUCUGUUCCAUCUGUACGUGAGCACUUCGCCCUGCGGAGACGCACGCCUCAACUCCCCCUACGAAAUCACAACUGACUUGAACAGCAGCAAGCACAUAGUAAGGAAGUACCGUGGGCAUCUCCGAACAAAGAUUGAAUCUGGGGAAGGAACCAUCCCGGCGCGAUGUCACGGUGCAGUUCAGACGUGGGAUGGCGUGCUUCUGGGGGAACAGCUAGUCACAAUGUCUUGCACAGACAAAAUUGCCAGGUAA